UCCAGUCUACUCUUUUCUGCACAGAUUAUUGAGCACCACUUUUUUUUUGGGUUUUUUGCAUUGCAUAUUUCCGUGUAAAGUAUAAACAAAGUAGCAACCCCUCCACCCUGUUGAAAAGUUCCUGUUACACAAAUAGAUGCAAGUGUCCAUGGCUUUCUCUUACUAAGUAGGUAGUGGCUCAAAAUCUUGAGGUGGUGGAACUUUCAUGGUGGGUUUGAUGUUAGUUUUUGUAAUUAAAGACUGAGGAAUCAUUUCUGAUACUAGCAGAGGGGGAAAAAACAAAAGAAAUAAGAACAAAAAAAAAAAAAUCAACUCUCUAGUCAUUUCAACGAUUUGAUGUGGACUUUUUGUGUUUUGGAUGGACAUGGAUUGCCUUUGCUUUUGAUUAUUAUUUGGGUUUUUGUGGUGUGCUGAGGCAAAGGUAAAAGCAAUAGCUAUAGUUAUUCUGUUUCCUAUAGGAGAAGGAAUCUUUUUUUUUUUGAAAUUGUAAUAGGUAAAGGUGAAAUCUCAGUUCAAAGGUUUCCUCAAAUUCCAUUUUUGAAAUAGUAGACUCCUUUUUUUGGAUCUCGGAAACAGCUCAUUUCACCUGAUGUCCCUUUUUCACCAAUUUUGACUCCUGGAUUUGAAAGCUGCCUAUAAAGGGACAUCUAGUGAGAAGUAAGUUUUCUCCGGUGAUUCUGGCGGUAUAUUUACGUCUGUUUCUGCUUGUUGCCAGAUAUCAUGUGCCAAACAGUCAAUGAUUGUGCUUGAAAACAAGAUUUCAGCUUGCUGAACUUCCAUCAAGUCAUUUGGAUUCGUUUGGUUGUGAAAAUAGCAUUCUCUAAAUGCAUUGAAAGAGCUGAUUUGGUACCAUUUCAGAAUCUUACACGCAGUUUUAUGACUUUUAUCUUCUUGUCUGGGAGUUCAAGAAUAUCAUUCAUUCCCGAUUUCAGUACUGUAUCUGGCUGGCAAUUGGCAUCCCCUCCAAAAGGAGAAAUCCAAGUAAAAGAUAAGUAGACAAUUACCUUGCAGGAGGAAAAAUUUUCCGGGGAAAGUGAUUUUCGGAGCGUUUGUUAGACGGGUCUCGUAGUUGGAGGAACAGUGUCCAUGUCGGCUGUAUAUGCAGGCUAAUCACAAUGUCAAGGGUGGGGCAUAUUGGACAAUAAUGCCAAUAAUGAUUUCUUGCUGCUGUUCCAUUUAGAAAUAUGUGCAUUUUGGUAGUCCUCUUGUUUCUUUAUACAUGAAGAUAAACGGAUCGAGGCUAUGAUUUGUUCAGAGGAUUAAAUUAUAUUCAGUCUUGAAAGUUUAAAGCAGGAGAAAAGUUUUCAACUGAGAUAAUGAGUAAGGAUUUGACGAAGGGGAAGCUAGACAGAGACUCUGUAACUGAAAAGGUUGUGGUUGCUGUCAAGGCAUCAAAGGAAAUUCCAAAGACUGCUCUUGUGUGGGCUUUAACUCAUGUUGUUCAACCUGGAGAUUGCAUUACGCUCCUUGUGGUUGUUCCUUCACAAAAUCCGGGUAAAAAGCUAUGGGGGUUCCCACGAUUUGCAGGAGAUUGUGCCAGCGGCCACAGAAGGUCGCAUGCUGGGACUACUUCAGAACAGAAAUCCGACAUAACAGAUUCCUGCUCCCAGAUGAUCCUUCAGCUUCAUGAUGUUUAUGAUCCAAAUAAGAUAAAUGUCAAGAUUAAAAUUGUGGCUGGAUCCCCCUUUGGUUCGGUAGCUGCGGAAGCAAGGAGAACUCAAGCUAAUUGGGUUGUGCUGGACAAACACCUGAAACAUGAGGAGAAGCGGUGCAUGGAAGAACUACAGUGCAACAUAGUGGUUAUGAAGAGAUCUCAACCUAAGGUUCUCCGCCUAAAUUUAGUUGGAUCACCUAAAAAGGAACCUGAAGCCACUGGAGCAUCAUCAUCCAAGCUGGAUCAGUCGUCUGGAAAAGAAGAAGCCAACAAGAAUGAUUCAUUGAUAUCUACCCGAGGUCUUCUUGUUACCCCAACAAGUAGUCCUGAAAUGUUUACAGCAACUGAAGCUGGAACUUCAUCGGUCUCAAGCUCUGAUCCUGGAACUUCACCUUUUUUUGUUACCGAGACAAAUAGUGACCUGAAAAAGGACAUAUUGUUAGCCACUAAACAAGAUCAAGAUCUUGAUGAAUCCAGUUCAGACACGGAAAGUGAAAAUUUGUCCACAACCUCGUCAAGCUUAAGAUUCCAACCAUGGGUAGCAGAUGUUGUCAAUUCACGUUGUCAGUCAUCUCUUUCGGAAGAAAGCACUGAGAGAUUAAAUAACAGGUCACAGAAUUCUACAACAAAGGCUUUGCUAGAAAAAUUCUGUAAACUGGAUGAAGAAGCUGCCUUUUGUUCGCCAAACUACAGGUCUAAUUUGGAUUUCAGUGGAAAUGUGAGAGAAGCAAUUUCACUGUCUAGAAAUGGACCACUUGGACCUCCUCCCUUGUGUUCAAUUUGUCAACAUAAAGCCCCUGUAUUUGGAAAACCUCCUAGAUGGUUCACCUAUGCUGAGCUGGAGCUUGCUACUGGAGGUUUUUCACAAGCUAAUUUUUUGGCUGAAGGAGGAUAUGGAUCUGUUCAUAGGGGAGUCCUUUCAGAUGGCCAGGUAGUUGCAGUUAAGCAACACAAACUGGCUAGUUCUCAAGGGGACCAAGAAUUCUGCUCUGAAGUUGAAGUACUUAGCUGUGCUCAGCACCGUAAUGUUGUUAUGUUGAUUGGAUUCUGUAUUGAGGAUGGCAGAAGGCUUCUAGUUUAUGAAUACAUCUGCAAUGGAUCUUUGGAUUCUCAUCUUUAUGGACGACAUCAUGAUCCUUUAGAGUGGUCUGCUCGGCAGAAAAUUGCUGUGGGAGCUGCAAGAGGGCUAAGAUAUCUUCAUGAAGAGUGCAGAGUAGGUUGCAUUGUUCACCGAGAUAUGCGGCCAAACAACAUUCUCCUUACUCACGACUUUGAACCACUGGUUGGAGAUUUUGGUCUGGCUAGAUGGCAACCUGAUGGAGACACAGGUGUUGAAACUAGAGUAAUUGGAACAUUUGGGUACUUGGCUCCUGAAUAUGCUCAAAGUGGUCAAAUCACUGAUAAGGCUGAUGUUUACUCAUUUGGAGUGGUGUUAGUGGAGCUAGUCACUGGUAGAAAAGCAGUGGAUCUUAACAGGCCCAAGGGCCAGCAGUGUCUCACGGAAUGGGCACGUCCACUGUUGGAUGAAUAUGCGAUUGAUGAACUUGUCGAUCCUCGUCUAGGAAACCAAUAUUCAGAACAUGAGGUUUACUGCAUGUUGCAUGCUGCAUCUAUGUGCAUAAGGCGUGAUCCUCAUACGAGACCUCGCAUGUCACAGGUGCUUCGGAUGCUGGAGGGCGACAUAAUUAUGGACCCAUCUCAGAUGUCAGCACCAGGAUAUGAUGUUGGCAGCCGGAGUGGAAGAAUUUGGGCACCUCAGUUUCAACAUCAACAAUAUAGUGGGCCAAUUAUGAAGGAGACAUUGGAGGGAAUAAGUGGAAAGCUCUCACUGGAAGAGAGAAGACCUGCUUUCUAGGAGAGGGAUAAAACAAGAACUCCAUUUGAAGAAUACUUCCUGCGACAAGCUUUGUAAAUUGCUUCCUGCGACAAGCUAUGAUUUCAAUGCAAAUAGAUACUUCCAUUUUUUGUUCUUGCGGAAUCCAAUCAAAGCAAUGCUAUCUAGAUUUUGACUUUUGUACAGAAGCAAGUUAGCAGUCUUGAAGUUUUGUAAUCAAAAUGGAUCUUAAAAAUGAUUGAAGAUCAAAAGAUGAGAACUACUAUGCCUA